AUGGCCAGGCAGGACGUGGACUGGGGCAGUAUUGAGGGUGGUCUUCGGAGGAGACAGUGGACACUGACAGAGCUUCUCAAACAGCCAAGCCCCCAGGAACCACUGCCUCCACCCCUGGGUCCAGCGCUGGGUAACUGUGUCCAGGUACAAAUGGGUGAUGGUGUUCUUCGGGGUUCCUCCCAUAACAACACAGAGGCUUCUCCCCAGGACUUCUAUCAACAUUUUCCCUCUACCGAGCCAACUCCACGGACCCUUCCUGCGCGGACCCCACGUCCUCCGGAGGACUUGCCUGCGCUGCUAGAUGCCUGUCCCUGGGCACCUCCGGGUUAUGUACCUCCUGCUGGCCCCGCCUCCUCGGUCCCCUAUGCGCCCUGGACCGCGGGCCGCCCCACGCGGCUGGUCCCCCGUGGCCACUUGGUGGCUCAGGUAUCCCCUGCACCCCGGCGGCCCAGCCACGUCCCGCGCCGUCAGUUCAGUGUGGAGAAGCUGCCCGAGGGCUUCAGCGCGCAGCCUGCCACCUUUUACAGCAGCGUGGGCAGAGGGCCCCGGCACUUGAGCACCAACAGCAAAGCUGAGGUCACUGUCUGA